AUGGGAAGAUUAAUAUUUAUUGAAUUGGAUUCAGAUUCUGAAUACAAACAUUUAAUUCGAGAAUGUAUUCUAUUAAGCUCUAAAGGAAAUUAGCAUUAUUUACUCAUAAAUCAAUAUAAGAAUUUUUUGUUGCGAAAUACAUACUCAAUCUUUUAGAAGAUAUAUAUAACAAACGAUUAAUAGCAAAUGAAUGAAAAAUAACUUGAAAACAGUUGGAUGUACAAUAAUUCAUUUAAUAUUUCGCAUGAACAUUAUUAAGGUGCUUUAUUUUUACUCAAAUCUUUAAAUUAAAGAUAAUAUUACAAAAUUAUUGGUGUCAUUAAUUCAGCUAUCAUAUCAAAAAGACUCAAAGUAUAUCCGCUUAGCCUCAAAUUCUAUAUUUCUAUUGAGUUUUUUAGGAAAAAUCUAGGGAAUUAAAAUUUUGAUUCAAUUUGUCUGUCAGAAACAUGUUUAAAUAGACUAAGCUUUUGUGAGAGUGUGUUAUCUAAUACCAUUUUUAAUAAAAUUUCUAUUGAUUCAUGUAACUUUAAUAAUGCAAUCAUUACUGAUGCUGUAUGGAAUAAUAUAAUUAAUAAAGAAAGAAUUACUCAGGAUUAUAAAGGUGAAAAAUUUCUAGAAACAGUUUUGAGCGAAAAUGGUGAUGAAUUUUUUACUUUGAGUUUGUUUAAUUAGCAUUAAAUAAUAUUUAGAUAAUUUAAUUUUAAAUCGGAUUCAAAACCAAAAGAAAGAAGAUUUAAUUUGUAAUUUGAGGAUUAGAUUAAGUCUAUUUUCAUAGCAAAAAAUUUAUCAAUUAUAUGUUGCAAGACAAAGAAGUUCAAUAUAACUCUGGAAUUUGCAAGAUUAAUAUAAUAAAAUAACCAAUGA